CUCUAUCACGUUCUGUUUGAGUCGGAGUUGCCUGGGCAAGUUAAUUUAUGCAGACUAGACCCAGUAAGUUCAGAGCAGCCAAUACACGAGUAGUAUGCACAAUUGCACAUAGAAUAGAGCAGUGACGUUCAUUGUACCAGACACCAAACCGCUAAACAGUUCAACUUCCUACGGGCAACUACUUUUAAGGAUGUGCGGAAGAACUGCAUGUACUCUGGACCCAGAGGAGGUGAGCCGCGCCUCUCGCUACAGAAACCGCCACGGGCAGCGACGUCAGCCAAGAUGGAGAGAUGGAGAUGCAGACAAAUAUCGGCCGUCCUACAACAAGAGUCCACAGUCAUUUAGUCCGGUGCUUCUGUCUCAAAGACAUUUUGAUAAGGAGGCGUCAGUGGAUGAAUGUGUGGUGGCCGCGAUGCGAUGGGGUCUGAUCCCAUCCUGGUUCAGAGAAGAUGAUCCCCGCAAGAUGCAGUAUAGUACCAACAAUUGCCGCAGUGAAAGUCUGUUAGACAAAAAGUCCUACAAGGACCCUUUUCUGAAAGGACAGCGUUGUGUCAUCCUCGCUGAUGGCUUCUAUGAAUGGAGACGACAGGGGAAAGAGAAGCAGCCCUUCUUCAUCUACUUUCCACAGAGCCAGCCAGACUCCGGUCUUGGAGAGGAGGAACAACGGGAUGAGAGUGACGUUGAGUUCCCCCCAGAGGAGAAGGCCUCAAACAUUGAAGAGGAAAGUGAAACAGAUAAGUGGACCGGAUGGAGAUUGCUGACUAUCGCUGGACUGUUUGACUGCUGGAAACCUCCUGGGGGCGAAGAGCCCAUAUAUACAUACACUGUUAUCACAGUCGAUGCCUCCCCAAACCUUCAGAACAUUCACGAUAGGAUGCCUGCCGUUCUGGAUGGAGAGGCAGAUGUGAGAAGGUGGCUUGACUUUGGUGAAGUGAAGUCAUCUGAUGCCCUAAAACUGCUACAGCCGACAAACAUUUUGACCUUUCACCCAGUUUCGUCUCUUGUCAACAACUCUCGGAACAACUCACCAGAAUGCCUGCAGCCUGUGGAUCCCCAAGCCAAAAAAGAGCCCAAACCUACAGCAAGCAGUAAAAUGAUGAUGAGCUGGUUGAAGGACAGCUCCUCAUCAAAGAGGAAAGAGCCAAGCAUCUGCGACGCCACAACCCGCGAGCAACAACCCAAGGCCAAGGAGGACCUCAAGUCUUCAGGGACUCUCGAGAACUGGCUGAAGAGCGCCAGCAAGAAAGCCAGAAUCGACUGAUUGUGUAAAUACUUUAGAUCUCAUAGGAUUGAUGUGCACUUUUACCGUCACUUGUGUUCCAUAUGGAACUAUUUGUCAGAAACAUCCUUUUUAAUAUGAAAUAAUAAAAGUUAAAUCCAAUUAGUUCAAGAUUUUUUUUAUUACCAUUAUUAUGCAAAGACAUUUUCAAACAAGGUAGAUGCUAUGCAUUUACCAUAUUUAUAUUGUAAUGAUAAAUGCUAACACCAAAGAUAUUUUGAUAUUUUUGUACGUAUCCUAUCAUGUCCUAAGAUGCAAUUCAAAUUCUAAACAUAAGAACAGAUGAGCCAAUUACAUGAAAGAAACAUUAAGCACUUAAUCGUCCGUCAACAUAUGCAGUUGGCAGACGGAGAUGGAGAUAGACAGCUUGACUUCCCCACAAACCAUGGAGGUUUUCAAAUAUACAAAGUGUUGACACAGUUGGCAGGAGAAAAUAAAGUAUUAAAUCAUGGUUCUAAAUUAUUAAUGCUUGAAAACAAACCUGCCAACUUAAACACUGAAUCGUCUUGAUUAGUUGAUAUAGUAAGACGUUUUGCUAUUGACCCCCCAAAAAACAUGAGAAUUUGUCUUGCACUUAAGAAAACAGGAAUUGGAUGUGGACAGCUAUAUUACAGAGCAGAAGUGAUAAUCCAUAUGGUAUCUGCUACAAGCUAUGAUUAUGUAAAUG